AUGGCGGCCUACUAUCUUGAUUUCUUUGCCAGCGUCGAGAUCUGGGUCACUCGCAUCUCUCUUGCGAUAGCGUUUAUGUUCCUGGGUCCGACUGUACUGCUGAUCGCGUACGAUAUCGCAGUCUACGCCUGGCGAACGCUUGAUUCCUACAUCGUCGACCACAUCGAAAACAUCCGCCACGGCCGCCAGAGUCCACCACUGACCGCCUCCGAACCCCUGGAAUCAGAUAUAAAAGACGAACAGCUUUCAAAGAAGAAGAAGGCUGCAGAGCCUGAAUGGCGAAAGACUUCCGAGGAAGCCGUGUCUAGCGCGAACGCAGGGGCGCGGGCAGUAAGGUCGGAAGAAGAAAAACAGAUUUUGAACAAGUGCGCGGGUGCACCGCCGACGGAAGCUGGUAGUCGGCAGUUGGGCUCGCUGUUUUUGUUUUAUCGGCGACAUGUGGGUAUACGAAGGCGGUCGCGAUCAGCUUCUCGUCCAGUGUCUUUGAGCGUGUCUGGCAGUUCGGAGGCCGAUCACCUCGAUAGCCGACAAGGAAGCGGGAGCAAGGUGCUUGAUGCGAGCGAUAGCAUGAGCAGUAGCGAGACACUGGAGAGCGGGAAGGCUUUUGCCAGUGGGAUCGUCGGAAGCUAG